GGCCCGGCACGCGUCACCUACCAUUUGCAGUUGUGCUUUCGUGCGAUACAGUUCAGCCUACUCUGUACCAGCCAGUCGGUGCGGCUCUCUCCCUGCCUUUAAACGCAAAACGCGAUAUCACUCGUCUGUCCCCGGUGUGUUUGCUCUCUAAACAAAAGAAAAGCCCCCGCCCCCCCCCCAAUCUUCCAGUGUUGUGCGUGUUUGUUUGUGUGGCAUUGUGUGUAGCCGUGUUUGCUUUCGCCGGCUUUUGCCUUUGUGUUUGCCCCCCAAAAAAAACGGUCAGCGACGACUCAUCAGUCAACUUUCAACCCAACCGCGGUCGGUCAUCGCCCAGCAAAGGAAGCCCGCUAACGUAAACGUUUGUUGAAACCCUCCAACACACACACACACUAAAAGCAACAAUGGAAGCCGCCGGCCAGGAAAGCACCCCCGCUUCGUACCCGCGCGUCAAGCCCGACUUCAAGUCGGAGCUCGAGUCGUUCCGCACGGAGACGCUCGCCAAGGCGGACACGCAGGAGAAGAACUGUCUGCCGACCGCCGCCGACGUCCAGAGCGAGAAGGCCCAGCGCAGCGUGAUCGAGGGCAUUGAGGGCUUCGAUGCGUCCCGUCUGAAGCACGCCGAGACGAAGGAGAAGAACCCACUGCCGGACGUGGAGGCCAUCCAGGCCGAGAAGGGCGUGCAGCAGUUCAUUGCUGGCAUCGAGUCGUUCGAUACCAAGAGCCUGAAGCACGCUGACACGGUCGAGAAGAAUCUGCUGCCGACGGCCGAAACCAUCGAGGCGGAGAAGCGCGCCUAAGCCACCACUCGCGUAUAUGUAUAUAGUGUGUCGUGCUCGCAGCGUCCAGGCCCGUGUGUGUGGUGGUGCUGAUGGGCCCAGCGAGUGUAUACAGGCAGGUGGGCACAGCUGCAUGACGAGAUGAGACUUCAAAAAUAAAAGGAGGCUGUGUGUGGAGCACGAGAACGAGAAAAACGAGACCGACACUCGUCUGCCAGACAGGAGGAAUGCGGCUAUGCGCAAAAGGAUAUGUGCGUCAGAACCAGAGGAGAGAAAAAAAAUACCAUGACAACACACACACACACACAAACGCUGGCCACAUCGCCCAUCGUACUACCAACACCAAAGGCAUUUGUGUUACAUCGAUCUCGUGCAGCGCCUCGUGUGUGCAUUUUUCGCGCGUGCGAUGUGGGGCGCGAGCUCUCUCCUGUUUCCCCCCGCGACACCAUGUCUCAUCCCCGUCGCGGUGCUGUUGUCUUGCUUCCCAGUAUCCUCUUGUCCGUCGCUCAUGAUUUCUUCGUCCAUUCCUACUACUUCCGGCGCGAGGGGACGGCCGCGCGACGACCAUCAUCUACCAGACCUAACAACGCACGGCGAGGACAUCAGUAUUCGGAUUGCGCGCGCGCGCGCGCGCUUCCUCAGCACGUGACGGGCGUCGGCGAGGGAGCUGCUCUCUCAACCCGCGACGACACGAACACGGUUGUGCAAACUUCACGACAUCUUAGAGCCUUAGAGCUACAAAAAUCAGCAAAAAAAACCGUUCCUUGAAAAGAUGAUGAUCGACGCAGAAAUUAUGCGAUACCAUACCCCGCACCCCGCGGCUCUCUACAGCUCUAUUCGCUACGAACGCGAUUACCUCACGAACUUCUACCCCAGCGGGGCAGGGGUUUUUUUUUUAUUGGAUAGAAACUACAGGAGGGGUGUGGUGUUGCAAAAAGAAAAGAAAACCAACACACACACACGCACACACACGAGCAAAUUCUAAAGAACCCUUAGCGCGAACCCCAACACCUGUUUGUAAGGUAGGGGGGAACAGAUGAAGUCGCGUUGUGUGUCUCCUCCUAGCAUUUAUACAUUAAUUAUUAUCGAGAACAAGCAAAAUCGAUGGCAAAAGCAUUUAUACUGAAACGGAAAACGAACCAACACGUUAUGUAAACACCAAAUAAGGCGAAUGCAGAUUAGAAGUGCUGCAAAAGUUAAAAAAAAAGGCGUGUUAUAAAACAAUAGCGAAUGUAAUAGGGGCGGCGGCCGUCCGCCAAGGAGGAGUGUAGGAAUGGUCUUCUGUUUUUUUUUUUUUUAUCACCCAAAAACAUUUCUUCCAUCGUUUACUUUCCCAUUACCCAAGAUUACGAUUGUCGGACGAGGAUGUUUGUGAGCACGACCACUAUAUAUAUAUUUUUUAUAUUUAAUAAUUACUAUUAUAACAGAGAGCAGGAAAGGAGGAAGAAAAGAGAGGGGUAUCAGGAAGAUGCGAGCAGCGCCGAUGCAAAAGCAAAGGCGGCAGCGGCCCCCCAGGGGACAGGAAAGGAAUAUGAAAUGAGAGCUAAAUAUAUAUUACACGACGUUUCAACGGACGAAGCAAAAA